UCACGUGACCAUGUGUGAUGAUUUGCUUCCAGUAAUCAUAUGAUGCACCGGUAAAAACCUUGUUUUCCUCCACAAAACCACGACAAAAACCACGACAAAUAUACCUUUACCUUUAAUCAAACACCACGAAACGCUCUGAAAGCUAUUGCCAUUCAUCGAGGAACACUCAAGGACUAUUUUCGUAGUCAGAUAGUGAGACAAUUCUCAAUAGACGAAUUUACAACAGGUGUGGAUCCUGAUCUUUGACUUGGAAAAUUUUCUUGGAUGGCGGACAUGGGCUGAAUAUUUUGGCAGCGGGAUGGCGAAUGAAGUGAAUACAGCCUUCGUUGAAUCUUUGGGUGGUGUCUUAGGAAAUAAAUAUGUCUUCUGUCAAAGUGUGUGUACGAGUGAGACCAUUCAAUGCUCGGGAAAACCUCCGUCAAUGCAAGUGUAUCAUUGCCAUGCAUGGACCAACAACUUCUAUCCUAAACCCAAAGCAUUUAAGUGAAAAACCAAAAAACUUCUCUUAUGAUUAUUCGUACUGGUCUCAUUCUCAGGAUGAUCCACACUUUGCAAAUCAGAAGCAAGUUUAUUCAGAUGUUGGCUGUGAAAUGCUACAGCAUGCUUUUGAAGGAUAUAAUGUUUGUAUCUUUGCUUAUGGACAAACUGGAUCUGGCAAAUCAUAUACCAUGAUGGGCAAGCAAGAACCUGGUCAAAAAGGCAUUAUACCACAGCUAUGUGAAGAACUUUUUCAAAAAGUUGAGCAGGAGACAAGUGAAGACUUGACAUUUUCUGUUGAAGUGAGUUACUUAGAAAUCUACUGUGAAAGAGUGAGAGAUCUUCUAAGCCCAACAGCGAAGAACAACUUGAGAGUAAGAGAGCACCCUGUGUUAGGGCCGUAUGUUGAGGAUCUUGCAAAGCUUGCUGUUACUUCAUUUGCUGACAUUAAUGACUUGAUUGAUGAAGGAAACAAAGCCAGGACUGUAGCUGCCACCAACAUGAAUGAAACCAGUAGUAGAUCCCAUGCAAUAUUCAGUAUUAUAUUCACUCAAAGAAAGCAUGAUGAACUAAGUAACCUUACUACUGAAAAGGUUAGUAAACUCAGCCUUGUGGAUCUGGCUGGAAGUGAACGAGCUGAUUCUACUGGUAACACAGGAGAAAGACUCAAGGAAGGUGCAAACAUCAAUAAAUCUCUAACAACACUUGGAAAAGUUAUCUCUGCAUUAGCUGAACAGUCUUCUCAUCACAAGAAGAAAAGACAUUCAGAAUUCAUACCUUACAGAGACUCCAUCUUGACUUGGCUUCUCAAAGAAAAUCUAGGUGGUAAUUCUAAAACUACCAUGAUAGCCGCCAUCAGCCCAGCUGAUAUCAACUUUGAAGAGACCUUGAGUACUCUAAGAUAUGCUGAUCGCACCAAGCACAUCUUGUGUAAGGCUGUUAUCAAUGAGGAUCCUAAUGCUAAGAUCAUUCGCGAACUUAAAGAAGAGGUUUUAAAACUAAAGGAAAUCCUUCUUCAAGAGGGAUAUGAUGUAGAGCAUCUUGAAUCAAUGCUUGCCAAAUCAGGUCCAAUACGUCGAACAAGUGGAGAGUAUGGAACAAUUGAGAAACUUCAGGUUUCAGAGAAACUGAUUGCAGAACUCAAUGAGACUUGGGAAGAGAAGCUCAGAAAAACUGAAGCCAUCAAACAGGAAAGGGAAGCCAUGUUGGUGGAGAUGGGUGUGGCAAUUGGAGAGGAUGGAAACACUGUUGGUCUUUUCCAACCCAAAAAGAGCCCACAUUUAGUGAACUUGAACGAAGAUCCACUGAUGUCGGAAUGUUUGUUAUACUACAUCAAGGAUGGUAUUACAAGGGUUGGUAGUGCACAAGCCCAGAGUCAUCAAGAUGUCCAGCUCAGUGGGACACACAUCUUGGAUGAACAUUGUAUCUUUGAAAAUACCAACAAUGUUGUCAAGAUUUCUCCUUGUGAAAAUAGCCGAACCUUCGUCAAUGGAAAACUCAUUUCCGAGAUCACAACUCUCAAAUCAGGUGAUCGUAUCAUUCUUGGUAAUAAUCAUGUGUUCCGUUUCAACCACCCACAUCAAGCGUUGGCUGAACGCAUUCGAAGAUCAAGAGACAACGUUGAUCAAGAGACUCGAAGGUCAAGAGAUAACGUUGAUCAAGAGACAGCAGCGCGUGAAGCAAACAGCGAGGAGCCCAUGGACUGGUCAUAUGCUGUGCUGGAGUUAUUACGAGAGCAAGGUUACAUGAAAGAAAUGAAUGAUAGAGUCAUCGAGCUUGAAGAUAGAAUCAGAUAUGAAAAAGAUCAGGCAGGAUUGCUGUUGGAAAAGCAAAGAAAGACUUAUGAGACUAAACUACAACAACUCCAACGACAAGUUGAUCUGACGUCAUUUCCGUCCAGUGACUUUGAAAGUGAAAUUGACUUAACAAGUGCAGGAAGUGAGAGUCCUCUAACAGAGAGGGAAAUGAACCUGGCGUUGUCUGUCAUCUACAAAUGGCGGACAUUCUUUUACACCUCUUUACGAGAUGAUAUUCUAAGUCACGCGGUUCUCAUCAAAGAGGCAAACGCCAUUAGCGUCGAACUCAAGAAAAAGGUAGACUUCCAGUUCACUCUUCUGACAGAGACUUUAUUUACUCCGUUACCUGAGAAUCUUCGCGAGGACAGCCAUCAAGACAACCACCCAACUGUAGUCUGCGUUGAAGUUCAAGAUAAGAAAAAUGGCGCAACGCACUAUUGGUCACUCAAAAAACUAAGAUCUCGCUUGGAAGACAUGCGCUUCAUGUACGAAACUGCAGCCGAAUCAACGGCCAGCGUCACGUUCGAGUCAGGAGAUCCAUUCUAUGAUGACUUCCCUUGGUUUCGUAUCGUUGGAAGGUCGUUCGUGUAUCUUAGUAACCUGGUCUAUGGUAUCAGUCUAGAGCAGUCCACGCCCAUCAUCAGUGAGACAGGAGAACUAAAGGGACAUCUGCUGAUCAGUAUACAACAAUGUCAAGACCAGCGCACAGAAAUGGACGAAGCCAGUCGAUCUUGUAUCUCAUGGUUGACGUUUGGAGAGAGCGUUACGAGGUGGAAAAAUCCCGACCUGGAUGAAAUCGAGGAGGACGAAGGAGGAGAAAGGUUUUCUAAAGGAGCACUUGUGAUGGGAACUACGUUUAUAUUCACCGUUACUGUCAUCAAAGCUGCUGGGCUUCCUGUGGAUUAUACUGAUAUAUUCUGCCAGUUCAGAUUCCUUGACUCAGCAGAAGAUGUUGGCUUCUCAACCGAGCCUGCUAGUAUCAUGGGUGGGGACUCGGCACUAGAGUUUAACCAUUACCAGAAGAUUGGCGUACUGGUGACGAGGGAGUUCAUUGACUAUGUCAGUACAAGACCCUUACAGAUUCAAGUAUUUGGACACUAUCGUAACCACCCUAAUCACCAGGCCAGUAUUACCAUGCCAAGGGCGGUUCCCAAGGUAACAGAUGACGUCAGACCAGUUGAACAAGUCUACAUACAACCAACAAGUUCCACGACAAAGGACGAAGAACCCACCAGUUUAACUUUUGAUUUCGUGGUAUGGAUCGAGGUAUUUGAACUGUCACCAUCAGGAGAGUAUUUUCCUUGUGUCGUGAAGCCAAAAAAAGACGAAACUAAAGUCUUUCUUCUUCAUCAAGGAAUUCAGCGUCGUCUGGUAGUGACACUGAUGCACGAAAAUUCUCCUGAUGUACGCAUCAGAAAACUAACCAGUGUAACAAUAGGUCAAGUUCGUUCGUCCAAGGCAGCACCAAGUCGUCUAUCAUCGCCCUUGUCGCUAAACAUUCUAUCACCUCAAAUCCAGUCCCAUCCUAAUGAUGAGAGAGCUGUUUUCAAGUUUGAAGCAUCAUGGGACUCAUCGCUACACAAUUCAAUCCUGUUAAAUAGGGUGACUCCUCUUGGAGAAGUUGUGUACGUAACAAUGUCUGCUUAUCUCGAGUUGGACAGCUGUUGUCGCAGAGCAUGUCUUAGUAAAGAUAUUUGUUUAGAAGUGUACAACAGAGACGCCAAGACCACGCCCUCUAGGUCAGUCUGGAAGAUCAUCACUGGAUCCACAGCAAACCCACCCUGUUUUAAAUACAGCGGGAUUUACGAGUUGACUCUACAUCCUGCAGACAGAAGUGGACGUGUUCGAAGACCAACAAGAAAAGUCGUGGACACGUCAAACAUUUACGUAAGAGGUGAAGAAAACCUACACGGAUGGAAACCAAAAGGUCCUUCGAUAAUAGACGAACAUCAGAAACAACUGGACAAGUUAGAAAGACUCCAAGAGGUCGGUAAAGCUCGUCAUAUCCUUGCUGUAGCAGAUCAUCUUCGUGAACCACAGUGCCCAGCUGCAAAGCUUCCACCAUGUAACACCGCUUUGUUCUCAUCUACAACAAGCAGUAGUUUUCCCACUCAAACAUCGCGGACGGUGAAUUUUGGUAGUUUGUCUCUUAGCUCGUCAUAUCUCUCAGGGUGCUCCCUCUCGGUAGGCAAAUCCCCAGCGUUUACUAACCAGGUUGACUCUGAAAAGACACAGGAAUGUCUUUUACGAAAGUGCUUACAUCUUCUGACAUCGAAGAAAGCUAUCAAAGAUUUCCAACAAAUGGUCCAAAGCUCAGCACCUCAGUCAUCACGUGACCCCACGUCACCCGAUGACGUCAGCAGGGCAGACUAUUUCGUGCCGUCAUUAAAAGAAAUUCGAAAAAAUCCGGUUAUUGCUAAGAAAGGCUACUUGCUGGUAAUGGACGAUAGCUCGUGUCUGUGGAAGAGAGUGUGGGUUGUGGUAAGAAAACCGUAUGUACUCUUCUACAGUCACGAACAGGAGCCGAUAGAAUAUUUUGUUAUCAAUCUCAAGAAUGCCAAAGUCGAGUGUUCACAAGACGAGACCGUUCAAACAACGAAUAAAGUAUUUUCAUUACGGACUGGUCAUGGGCGAUAUUUACUCCAACCAACGCCUGACCUCGAAGAAGAGGUCCAUGAAUGGCUGUACGCUAUAGACCCUUUACUAAUGGGUACAAUAAGAUCUCGGAGGUCAAGUAUGAGACGUGGAGUACGAUGACAGAAAGCCACAUUUUUUAACAACUGAACCCUCUUAAGUGCUAUCUUUACUCAAACCUUUUGUGACACUAAAACAAGGAUUGGCAGCCAUGUUGAAAAGUAACCACGCAUGGAUCACCUUCAUUUGUGGUGGUGUUAUGGAUAUCAUCAAAAAAGCAACAAGUUUUUUCUAAAUUAACCGAGUAAUGGCAAACGAAUUCCAACAGCAGACAUGAUGCAUAGACUAAUACCCCAUUCACACCUAAACGUGUUUAGUUAAACUAUGUUUUCAUUAGGAAAAAAAUUGAGAAACUGGAAACCUACAAUAUAAUGAAACUUUCUAAAAUAUUGUCACAGCAAGACAAUGGAUA